AGAGACAGAGACAGAGAGCUCUUGAUUUCCUGUGUUGGACCCUAUGGGAAUUUUGAUCUAGGGUAGAGUGACAUCCAUGUAUGUAAAUCUGAGAAUUAUGGAUAACUCCAGUUUCUUUUUCUUUUCCUACUAGGUUUAUUUUCUGGGAACCCAGGCUACUUUCAUAAUGAAAAGACAGAGAUGGAGAAGAGGGUGUCUGACUGCUGGACAAACAGUUACCAGGAGUCAGUGACUUUUAAGGAUGUGGCUGUAGACUUCACCCAGGAGGAAUGGAUUUUAUUGGACACAAAACAACGGAACCUUUACAGAGAGGUGAUGCUGGAGAUCUACCAGAACCUUGCCACAUUAGGAUGUCAGCUCAUCAAAUCCAGAUCCAGCUCUUGUUUGGAGGCUGAAGAGUUGAGAGUUGUCGAAAGAAGAGUUCACCAAGAACGGGCUAUGCAACUUAACACCAGAGGGACAAUGUUUCAGCAGGAUAUUUUUCAGUUAAAAAUAUCAGAUAAGAUACAACUGUCAAAUAGCCACAAUGGAAAGGAGCUAUGUGACAUUAAGCCACCUGAAGAAAUCAUCAAAGACACUUCAUGCAGUCGGACACACAUAGGUAUUGAAAGCACAGCGAGCAUUUAUGAUGGUGGUCAGUAUGGACAAGUCUUUCCUACCCUGCCUAAGGAGACCUCCUCUGCAGACAGCAGUCGUGAAUUAGAACAGUAUGGAAAAGACUUCAGUAUGACUGCAAGUACUGCUUACCAGACAACAUGUGUGCAAAACAACUUCCUUGAAUCCAGUGAAUUUCAGCAGUCAUCCCUUCAGAGGCCUGGAAAAAGUCACAAUGAAGACAAACUCUUUAACUGGGUACAGUGUGGUGAUACUUUUAGGCCAGCCAUGAGUCAUGCUGAGAAUGCUCAAACAUACACUGGGAAAAAAUCGUAUGAAUGUAAGGAAUGUGGGAAAAGUUUUAAAUAUUCUGCCAACCUUAAUAUUCAUAUGCGUUCUCACACUGGAGAGAAACCUUAUCAAUGUAAGGAAUGUGGCAAGGCCUUUUCUAGGUGUUAUCCACUAACUCAGCACUUAAAAACUCACACUGAAGAGAAGCCCUUUGAAUGUAAGGUUUGUGGAAAAUGCUUUAGAAAUUCCUCAUGUCUUAAUGAUCACUUUCGGGUUCACACUGGAAUAAAGCCCUAUAAAUGUAAGGACUGUGGCAAAGCUUUCACAGGGCGUUCUGGUCUUAGUAAGCAUUUACCAACACAUACAGGAGAGAAGCCUUAUGAAUGUAAGGAAUGUGGGAAAGCCUUCACUUCAACCUCAGGACUUAUUAAACAUAUGAAAAGUCACAUGGGAGAGAGACCCUUUGAAUGCGACCACUGUGGGAAAGCCUUUGCUUCUUCCUCAACCCUUAUUACACAUUUGAGAACACACACUGGAGAGAAGCCCUUCGAGUGUAAAGUAUGUGGAAAAGCCUUUGUGUGUUCUUCUUAUCUUCGCAUUCACAUGCGGACUCACACUGGAGAGAAGCCUUAUGUAUGUAAGGAGUGUGGUAGAGCCUUCACUGAGCGCACAAGCCUUACUAAACACUUACGAACACACACUGGAGAAAAUCCCUUUGAGUGCAAUGUGUGUGGAAAAGCGUUUGCAUGUUCCUCCUACCUUCAUAAUCACAUACGAACUCACACUGGAGAGAAGCCUUAUGUAUGUAAGGAAUGUGGAAAAGCCUUCACUGUUUCUUCACAUCUAAGCAAACACAUACGAAUUCAUACAGGAGAGAAACCCCAUAAGUGUGAGGAAUGUGGGAAAGCAUUCACUGUGCGUUCUGGUCUUACAAAACAUAUGCGAACUCACACGGGGGAGAAGCCCUACAAUUGUAAAGAGUGUGGGAAAGCCUUCACUACAUCCUCAGGCCUCCUUGAACACAUGAGAAGUCACACAGGAGAGAAGCCAUACGAGUGUGACCAGUGUGGAAAGGCCUUUGCUUCUUCCUCCUAUCUAAUCGCACAUUUGAGAAUUCACACUGGAGAGAAGCCCUUUGAGUGUAAGGAGUGUGGGAAAGCAUUUACAUGUUCCUCCUACCUUCAUAUCCAUAUGCGAACUCACACUGGAGAGAAACCCUAUGACUGUAAGGAGUGUGGGAAAGCAUUUGCUGUUUACUCUCAUCUAAGUAAACAUGUAAGAAUUCACGGUGGAGAGAAAGCCUACACAUGUAAAAGUGAUGGAAUAGUGUUCAAUCAUUCUCAUUGUAAAGAACACAUAGAAAAUCUUGAGAUAAAUUCUUUGGUUGGAAGGAAUGAAGAGACCGCUUUAGAACGUUCUAUUGCUUUAGCAGUGCAUCCAAAUUCACAGUGGCAAGAAAGGGUAUCAGUGUAAGCCAUUUGUAAAGUGAUUAUUUUCAUAGUUGACUUCAAAGACAUGAAAGCAGUCAUGUUGCAAAGAUGCCUCACGAACCUAAAGAAUGUGGGAAGUGGUCAGAAUGCUCAAAACACAUUUCAAACAAACUCAUUUUGAAGCUUCACAAAAUCAGAAUCAUGGAAAGCCAUCUCUGUUUCAAUGGCCUUUUUUUAAGUAUGUUGUAUGAAACUCUGUUGACACACAAUGUCAAUAUUUCUGCCCAUUUCUUUGACGAUUACUCAUAGUACCCCAGUGGAGGCCUUUGUGAAAGUAAGAAAUGUUGGAAAGUAAUGGUUCAAUAAAGUGACUCACAUUUGGGAAACUUCAUAUAUAGAAUAUGGCGAUUGUUUCUAUGUCUUAAGAUCUUGUAUACUAGCAGAAACACAGCUUUUUUGGUAGUUGUAUAAGCUUAUUUUGGCCAGUUUUUUGCAUUUUCAAUAUUUAAGAUAUUUUUAAUAUUUGUAUAUAAUGACUUUCCAGUUUUAAAAUUUAUUUAAGAUGUACAAAAUUCCAUGGAAUAUCCCCUGAAAUAAUUAUUAGAUUAAUUAAAAUGUGAUACAGUAA